AUGAGGCUCGACUACUCUUUCCGGGUAUAUGCGAUGCUGUCUCUGGAUUGUCUAGCCUUACCGAUCCUGGCCAGCCUUCCGCUAGCUGAGAAAACAGUCGGCAAGCGCAAAGCACACCGUAUACCGCCCAAGAUGGAAGUAUCGGAAGACUGGCCAUCUGUCCAUGGUUCAAAGCUUGCUUUCGGCCCAGAGGCCCGCCAGGUUGAAUCUGCGUCCGUCUCCGCUCCCAUCCAGAACGGAUAUGGCUUCAAGAGAGUCAAACACGAAGGAAUCCUUCCUGAAAAAAGCCUAACAAGGAUCUGCACAAGCAAGCCGCCGUCGAACUCAAUCAAGCUGGAGAAACCCUCCAUCCAGGCUGCAUCCAGCGAUUUCCAAUCCUCCAGACAGAAACUCUAUCGGGACCCAGCAUCAAAGGGAAAGCAAGCUGGAUUCGAGAGAAUAAAGCAGGAAGGCGAGGAGGUAGGAAUUCUUCUUGACGAGAGGAAGUACCGUCCUGUACUAAGUGAAGCAAGGAUCCCAGGCGAUUCGUCUGCAAAACCGAAAAAGUUAGAAAGCGUUGAGCAACAGACAAUAUCAAUUAGUGAACAUCCAACCAAGUCUCCAGCCUUUGUCAAGGAUGAAAAAAUUGGACUGUUUACCGUUGAGGAUUGGGAUUUUGUGAGAGAAAACCCGGAAACCAGUCAUCAUCAGAAAGUCCCCCAAGAAUUUCUACCAGAAAAUCUUUUUGGAAUCUUGAAGAACAGUCUAAGUCCCCCCCAAGGAUCAGGUGCAUUCCAUAUUCCAGAGAAUAAAGAGUUCAUUUUUUUUGCCAAGUACAGAAGAGCCACUAGAUCUAAUAUCAAAUUCCCUCAAGAAACCAAGCAUGAAACAAGGAAAUGUGCCCUAUUUUCUACAGUUUAUGAUCAUUCAAUCAAGCGGAUCGACUUUGAUAGUUAUCCUCUUUACUCUGAAGGGAUCAUCACAAAACUCACCGCAGAGCUUAAUAAAAGAGCCAAGGAUUCCAUCCAUACUAUCUCAAGACUACGAAUUGAUGGAGUGAUCAAAACUGUGGCAGAGACGACCAAGGUAGCAACCUUUCUGAUCAUACUUUACCUUUCGCUAUUCAGAGAACACAAGCAAAAUAUAGUAACACGCCGAGUAGUCGAAGAUAUCCUGGCUGUGGUUUCAGAACUAUGGAGAUCAUUAUCAGCUGACAAUGUUGAGCCAGGGUUGACUGAGGAAUUCGAAUGGGCAAGUGGCCUGGUCGGCUUCUUAGACACAGGGCUGACUAGCAGCUUCAGAUGGGCAAAAUGUCCAGCCAAGAUGGUGAAUUACAAUAUCUCCUGGAACAUCGUCGAAUAUUGGACAACAAGGAGCUUGAAGAUGGGGAAAGAUGGAGUGAUGAAGAAGAGAUAUUAUAGUAUUCAUCUGGCUCAAUUGCUUGAUAAGAUCAUCCUUUGUUUGAAUUACCAGACGAUUGCCGAGAUCACUAGAUCUAACCCCAAAAACCCAAAAAGACUGCCAAAAGAUUGUCAUUUGAAGCCUUGA